CAUAGUCAAGCAACCCGUACUGGCAGUUUUUACUAUAAAUCUGUCAGGUCCCGGUUUUAUUGUCCUGGUUUGAAAGGCGAUCAUCGCGAAUCUCGACAAUCCGCGUCACCUCCGUUCCUGAAUUUCACAAGGAUGCACGCGUCCGCUCCAAAACUGAGCCAAGUCCUGGUGUCCUGCUCACCAGAGAUGCCACAAUACCGAGAUGACGGAGGGGUUACUAUAAUUCUCGAUUUUCAAGCAGAGGAGUGCGACCAACGCAGUUGCCGCAGAUGAGAUGAAACUUUCUGUCAAUAUCCUGAUGUUUAGGUGUUUAGCCUUGAAGACCUGUCUUUAAAAGACACAGGGCGCUUGCAGGAAGCGCGUCCUUUACCAUUCCUUCUUUCUUUGUUUUUUUGCCCGCUGUAUCACACCUCGCUCGAUAAUCAGGGUCGACUAUCACAGCAAACACAGAAACAACGACACGAUGCUGGAGGGGAUCUUACGACUCAUCGGUGCAUGGGGAGCCUUUGGUCUCAUGGGCGCUGGCUUCUUGGGGUUCUCCAUCUUCUUCACGCUGUACUACUCGAACUGGCAGGAUCGAGAACCCUUCGCGAUGCUCGUUACGGUCCUGGCAUUGACGCUCUGCCUCACCACCGUGGCAUUGUUCCCCGUGGACAUCUUCCUUGUCUCGACACUCAUGGACCCAGCAACGGGAUUGAGAUACGAGUGGGCGACAGACAGUGCGAUUUCCCAGCUACAGCUCUCGGUCAAGAUAAUCUACUAUGUCGCAUAUGGUCUCAUUGCCAGUUUCUGCUUCUUUUGGAUCCCACUGGCGUAUUUUUACUUUGAAGAGCUCGCCGAUGAGAACCAGACGACCGUUCAAAAGGUCUGGUCCUCACUCAAGUACACGAUCUUCUUUGUGCUCGUCGCCUGUACCUUGCUCCUGACGGGCCUCCUGAUGAAGCCGGACAGACAUGAGGGCAUCGAUCUGGACUGGCUACGCAAAAUCCUCAAAGAUUUCGAUGGAUCAGGAUCAAUGGCCUUCGUCUCUGGGGUCCUUGCCUUGGUAGGCAUGGGCAUCUUGGUCUUUUACACCGCCCCAGGGCUCUCUCUUUUGCCGCUGCACCUGCUCGCAGGAUCGAAGCUGAUGCAGGGAAAAUCGAGCGAAAUAAAUGUGCAGUUGGCAGUGAACCGUGAACGACAGAAUAUCAUCAUGGAUCGAUAUCAGCAUCGACCCCUAGGUGGAGGAGGGCGCCCUGUGCUUUCAGAUCGUGAUCGCCAGGCCAUGGCUGAGUUGGCGCAAGAGGAACUAAUGCUUGAGAGCCGGUCCAGGCAUAUGCGGAGCCUGCGGGAUAGUCUGUUCCAUCGAUGCCAGUUUGUUAUCCGGCCAUUUCAGGUCUUGGUCGGGUUAGCAGGAUCGAUACUCUCGCUGCUCCUCAUCGUUUCGAUACUUAUAACGAGUAUUGGCCAGACGACGGACGAAAUCUGCGGCGCAUCAUGCGGAUAUAUCUUUAUUGGCAAAGAUUUGCCCAACUUGCUCAACCUGCUCUUCCUGAAGGCUUCGCCAUAUUUCCCUAUCGAUUAUGUCUUGAUGGUGAUGGUCAUCCUGUACAUGUUCUGGGCAACGACUAAGGGCAUUAUCUCGAUCGGCAUCCGAGUGCUUUGGGUCAAUUUAUACGAGUUUAAAAGGGCGGCAACCCAACCACAGGGGCUUCUAGCCGCCACCAUGCUCUUAAUGCUCAGCCUUGCUGGGCUCAGCUACUCACUGACCAUGUCCGUAGCGCCGGAGUACUCCAUGUUUGGCAGUCAGAGCUACUGCAACAACACGAUGCCCAUCAUCGGCAACCGCGACUGCUCCAGCGCACCAGAGCUCAUCGUUCCCUGCCACAUUGGUGCCCCCCCGGAGUUCUGCGUCACCACCGUCACAUCCUCGAUAAUCCUUACGAUCAUUUUGGCGACACCCUCUCUCGGGAUCGCGUUCUUUUAUAUGCAAUGGCUCUUCCUGGCAUCGUUUGCUCUCGCUCUCCUGUUCAACUUUAUCCAGGGGUGCAGACAAGGAUUUGGUGUCGACCCGUUUGAAACGAACGACGACGAUCUAGAUGAGAUGGAGGCCAGAGGGCUGUUGAGUGGAGAGUUGAAUUCAGAGGACGGUCGAAGACGUGUGAGACGGAGGGGACUAUUAAACAUCCGAGAUGAUGCCCAUGAGCAAGCACAGGAUCAUCGACAGGCGCCAGGACUUGGACAGGGCCAUAAGUAUGGAUAUGGCCAACAUCCUGCUCCAUCGUACGGCGCUGCAGCUGAGAAUACGUAUAGAUAUAGCAGAGGGCGCGGGUAAACAACCAAAUAUACCAGAUCUUUAGCAAGUCCUUGAUACGUAGGCAGUUUUGACUAAAAAUUACUUCAUUUGACCUUUCCAUCAACUAUGAUACCAUUGUUCGGUGGUCCAAUGAGAAGAUCAUGCUCCAGAAGCACAGCAAUUGAGCUUGAAAAUUUGCUCCGCACAUUGUGUGGUCCCUGGUUUCUCUCUACUUCUUCAUGUAUGUCAUCAGCUUGACCCGGUCGCGCCGCUCCUUCUCUGCCAUACGCCUAUAGUCCUCCAAGUUCAACGGCACCCUUCUAUUGGACU